AAAUUUGUGUACGAAACGAAUUACGAAAUCGGAAAGCUAUAUAGCAGCACCUGUGGGCAGACACUUAAAAUUUAAAAUAGUACUAUUUUUUUCUUAAUACUGAAAACAUCAUCUCUAGUUCAUAAUCUGUUUAAUUACUUAUAUAAUGUCCCACCAAACGGGAAUAAAAGCUAAUGAAGAGCUGAAGAAGUUUUUUGCCAAAUGUAAGGAUGGAAAGAUACGAUAUGUUAAAGUAUCUAUACUAGAAGAACAGCUAGUGAAGGAGAGCUACAAGGAGAUUAAACACAGUUGGGAAAAAGACUUUGAAAAGUAUAUGCCCCAGUUGGUGGAAGAAAAUCAACCAUGUUACAUUUUAUUUAGACUUGAUGGUAAGGAUUCGUCUGGUUAUGAAUGGCUCUUUAUAAGUUGGUGCCCUGAUACUGCCCCAGUUCGACAAAAAAUGUUGUAUGCCUCUACAAAGGCUACAUUAAAACAAGAGUUUGGAUCAGCACAAAUUAAAGAAGAGCUCCAUGCCACUAUGCCUUCUGAAGUAACAUUAAAUGGAUACUUGAAGCAUAAGAAAAUGAGCUCAGAGCCAGCACCUCUGUCUAUGCGGGAAGAAGAAUUACAAGAAUUGAGAAAAAAUGAGAUGAACACAGAAAUCAAUAUUGAUACUAAACAACAAACUUUGGGAGGUGUUGUGUUUCCACUUGUUGAUGUUGCUAAGCAAGCUAUCAGUGAUAUGAAGGAUGGAACUUAUAACUAUAUACAAUUAAAAAUAGAUAUCGAGUCGGAAACAAUUCAUCUUGUAUCAGCUGAAAAUAUAGCUUUAGAAAAAUUGCCGUCAAAAGUUCCUACAGACGGUGGAAGGUACCACUUGUUUAAUUUCAAACACACACAUGAAGGUGAUUAUAUGGAAAAUAUAGGUGAGUUGACCCCAUGGCAGUGAGCAAUUUUUGAUUUCUUAUAUAGCGACCAGCAGUGGUUUUGUUUCUCUCAUUACGUUUAUCAAAGGCAUAAAUAUUGUGCCAAAAAAAUCCCGCUAAAGUAGCAACGUUUUUCAGAUACUAGACUGUGAAGUUUGAUGGAAAAUGAGCCAUUUUAUAGUCUAAAAUAAGAGUUUAUAUUACUAUUACUAGUAUUAUAACUCCAAAAGUCUCAUAUGAGAGGUACAUAUAUUCGAAAAACUUUUCAGUUGGACUAAACAGAUGUGUUUGGAAUUAAUUGUGAAAGGCAGAAUCCCAUCACUUUGUAUAUUAUGGUCGUCAAGUAACAUUAAUAAAUUACUGACAAAUGAUCUAGCCUUUCCUUUGACAUUGUGUGACAAGGAGCUCAUGAAAGCAAAUGUGCUAUUUGUAAGGAAUGCGACGACAAACGGUAAAGGGGGUACAGUGGAAUUGGCUGAAUUUAUAGUAUGUUGUAUGUUACAACCUCAUGACUAUAUGUCUCCAGGGUUCGAUAGUGAGCAGUAUUUAUCGAAGUUCAACAAUAUGGUGUUUGCCAUGGAAUCCCCGCUAUAUGUUGGUGCAAAGAUGACGUAUUGCCUAUACUUGUCAAACAUCUGGCAUGGAGUCUGGCAUAAACGAGGAAUAAACAAAAACAUAAAUCGUAGUUUCGUCAUCGCUCUGCUAAACAGGCAGUAUUUUUAGUAUAGCUCGCCUACAUAGCAACACAUUGCAGACUGCAGAACGAUUGGAAUCUUAUAUAAUGGUACGUGUACACUAUAGAUUUUUCCCCGAGAUUUGCGCUAGCUAGAGUCGCUUUAGACUAAGUCUAUAGUGUACAUAUUACUGAGACUGCUCUAGCGAGUGUGGCGUAAUACUCUCGGUAGCGCGACGUUAGUCUAGGUAGGGUUGUAGUGGACACAGUACUGAGACUAGUUCUCUAGAUCACUCUCGCAUUGUUUCGCUCUAUUCGAUGAGUUAAAUAGAUUAGUUGAAAGCAUGGCUUCCCCACAAGUGUAAAUGAACAAAAAGCUAUGAAAUGGGACAAAGAAAGUACUCUCAAGCUAAUUGAGAUGUACGAGGCACAUCCAGAACUUUGGAAUUGCAUAUUGAAGGAGUACAGAGAUCGGGAUAAAAAGGCUCAAGCUAUAAAAAAUAUAGAUCAGUUAAAAACCACUGAAGCCGAAGUUGGAAGAAAAUGGCAUAAUUUAAGGUGUCAAAUGAAUUCGGAGAUAAGGAAAAUUAAAAAAACCAAAAGUGGAGAUGGAACUGAUGAUAGACUGUGGAAAAGUAAGUGGGAAUUUUAUGAUGCGUUACAGUUCAUGAUGGGUUACUCUGGGAGCACCAAAAGCACUACAAACUUUAGGGAUACGAAAGCUAUAGUUGCAAUGAGCGAGGAAGAUGAAGUGGAGUUUUCUGGAUCAAGAACACUUACACCUUUACUGUCGCCUACUUAUUCACAUUCGAUAUUUAUUUAUUCUAUGCCUGGUUACUCUUGCCCGAUUAAGGAGAGGAUGCUGUACUCUAGUUGUAAGAAUCCAUUAACAGAUACCAUUACUAUCUUAGGACUUGAAAUUGCCAAAAAGCUAGAAAUCGACAGUGGCGAUGAAUUGACAGAAAAGAACUUAUAUGACGAAGUGCACCCAAUCACCAACUUGCACAGGCCGAAAUUCGCAAAGCCAAAAGGACCAGCAAACAGAGGCCCAAAACGAAUCACAAAGAAUCAAUGA